CAAGCUAGGGCCUUGUGCUGUAACUGAUUUUGUAAACUGCCGUCAAAUAGUCGAUUUUUUUUGCAAAUUUUGCUCUCUUCACUUAUCGUGUUAUCUGAUUGGUUGCUUAAAGAAAGUAAAAUAGUAAGAAAUCAUCUGACAUCAAAACAUCCAUCAACGUAAGCGGCUGGCGGCAUCAUUUCACGAUUUCAAUAAAUUUCAAUGAUUUGAUACGUCUCUGUUCUAAAGUGCAUAAUUCGGUUAAUGCUUGACUCCAUUAUAUAUUAAAAAUGUCCAGUAUAAACUACACCACCCGUACCGAAGGCCAGACAAAGAUAAACACUAUAAUAUGGACUGUACCUAAUUUUAUUAUUCUUUUGGAAAAUAAACAUGCCCGCGAAUUCCGCACGGAGAAAUCAAAAGAUUCGACGUCUGAAACUUCGGAAUCUCGCUUCCAGUUAAAAAUGCAAUUUUUAGGUAGAGACAAUGAUAUUAUUGAAAUUUAUUAUUUGUCUCCUACCCCCGUGUUUUUGAAAUCUAUUUUAACCAUAUGCUUAAAACGAUUUGAAGAACGUUCUAUAGUUAUAAAAGAAUACCAUACCGUCCAGGCGAACAAAUGGCAGUAUUUAGCGACGCUAUUUAAGCGCGAUAUAGCCAGCUACGACGGCAGGGACGUAUUUUUGCUGAAUGAUGGAAGUCUCCGAUUAAAGUUCCAGUUUAUGGUAUCCAAUGACAUUAAAGUGGAUCGCUCAAACAUUCCCGAGGCGCAGUUGAGCAAUGAUUUUGAGAACCUUUUAAAUAAUGGCUUGUUCUCUGAUGUGACUAUCAAAUCAGUUGAGCAAAUUGAAUAUAAAGUUCAUAAGGCAGUUCUUGCAAGCAGGAGUGCUGUCUUAAAAGCUCACUUUGAGCACAACACUACUGAAUGCUUUACAAAUGUGUUGGAGUCUCCCCUGGAGUCUGAUGUCCUGAGGGAGGUGUUAACCUUCAUUUACAGUGAUAAAGCCCCGAGAGUAGAUGAGAUACCUGAGAAGUUACUCGCCGCUGCAGAUUACUACCAGCUCAGUAGAUUGAAGAGUCUCUGUGAAGAAGCCUUACACAAGAAGCUAACAGUUGAGAAUGCUAUAGAAACAUUGCAACUGGCAGACCUGCAUUCAGCAAAUGCCCUCAAACAGCUAACCCUGGAGUUCAUUAAAGACGGACAAGCAAAGCUGAUCACUAAAACUGAGGGAUGGGGCAAUGUGAAGUCUGUGGAACUGAUCAAAAGGAUUUAUGAGUACAUUAUGGCCGAUGAUGUAGAUACAGAUAUAAAAUAAGAAUCUUUUAUUAAUUACAAGAUUUUUUUUCCACUUCUAGUGAAAAGCUUGAGAGCUCUAAGUAUGGUUGUCAUUCCUAAAGAAGUCAAUGCAUAUAGUCUUGCAUGCAUUAAUAAAUGAUUGAUUAUUUUUAAGAAAAUUUUAAGAGAUAAAUGGGUGCAAAGUUAUAUAUUUCUAUUGCAUGUGUUAUAAUCUAUCUCUCUAUAUGGGAUAAGACAAUUUGUAAACAAAAUCUUUUAAAUUUGAAAUAGGCAUAUUAUUAUGUCUAUAGGAGCAUUGUGCAUAUUUCGACAUCAGAAAAACACCAGAGAAUAACCAAAAAAUAUCCUAUUUGGAAUAGUCAGUGUAGGAUAUUUUCUUUACAGUAAAAAACAUGUAGAUAGUCUUAAUUAUGAUGCCCAAACUUAUUAAAAAUAGAUUUUUAUAAAUGUAAUUUAGUCUAGGCAUUAAAAUUAUGAGAUUGUAUGAUUUAUAGUUAAAGAGUGAAUUCUCAGCAGGGGUUCCAACAAUAAGUAUUAAAUAAGAAACAAAAUUUAUUUCAUAACAGUCUUUAUUUAAAAUUUAAGAGUUGAUCAGUGUAACAGCUGCACAAUAAAUUUUAACAAGUGUUAUAUACAUUCUGUGAUAUGUUAUAUCAUGUUUUUUGUUUAUUGAGUUGUUGAUUCCGGUUAUUUAAAAUAAAUUUAUUCAUUUUUCA